UUUUUUUUCAGCGAUGUCUACUCAUUAUGUGUGGCAUACCCAGAGCCAUUGGCAGAUAGGCUCUAUACUGAGACGAAGAAUUAUCUCGAUGAACACGUAAAAUCGCUGCAUAAAAGUGUUCUCGAACAAGGAGAUAGUGACUUGCUCAGCAAUUACUUUAAUGCUUGGGUAAAAUAUAGCCAAGGUAUCAACUACCUUCACAGAUUGUAUCUAUAUCUGAAUCAACAGCAUAUAAGGAAACAGAAGUUAUCCGAUGCAGAUUAUAUUUAUGGAUCUGUUCCCCAAGAUGUACAAGAACAAAUGGAAAUCGGCGAACUAGGACUUGAAAUGUGGAAGUCAAAUAUGAUAGAGCCUUUGAAGGAUAGAUUAGUGGAGCUGCUACUGGAUGGCAUCCACAAGGAUAGGAUGGGGACGUCUCCAUCUCAAAACAACGAAAUUAUUAAAGGAGUUAUUCAAUCAUUUGUCAGUGUUCAGGAAUUCAAAAAGAAGGGGAAUCUUGAACUGUAUGAAGAACUCUUCGAAAAGCCAUUUCUAGAAGCUAGUGGUGAGCAUUACAAAUGUGAGGCUGCCAGACUUCUGCAGGAAUGCGACGUUUCACAGUAUAUGGAGAAAGUUACCAAAAAAUUGGAAGAUGAAUCGUUUCGUAGCCAUAGAUUUCUACACUUCAGUUCGCACACGAAGGUUCGCCAGCGCUGCGAGCAGCACAUGGUGGCCGACCACCUGAACCUGUUGCACGGGGAGUGCAAGGCGAUGGUGGCGGGCGAGCGGCGGCGCGAUCUGGCCAACAUGUACCCGCUGCUGCGGGCCGUCAACAGUGGCGUCAGUGUGCUCAUCACACACGUCAUGGAGCACAUCAAGCAGCAGGGUCUGGAAGCCGUGCAGGAGCUGCGUGGCGACAAUGUACAUACACAGUUUGUUGAGAGUAUGCUUGGUGUACAUAAAAAAUAUAAAGAUCUGAUUCAGGAAGUAUUCUCGGGCGAUCAAAGUUUUAUGGGUGCUCUGGACAAAGCUUGCUCUUCCGUUAUCAAUCACCGACCGUCCAAGCAGAUGUGCAAAUCUCCCGAAUUGGUCAGUUGCUAUUAUACAUUUUUAUCUAUUGUUUGUUCUUGUACGUCUAUUUUCUUUCUAUCUUAUACCUUUAAGUUCAGUGCAAUUCAUUGCAUUGUGGUCUGAAAAUUGGGAGUAUCG